AUGGGAGUUGCUGUUCUUCACCCUCGUGAUUGUUUAACCGAUCUCUUCUCCAGCCACAACAACCUUGCCUCUCCCCACCGGCACAAAAAACCGGUAACCAAUCGCCGUCGCCGGAGUCCGCCACGUCACCAAACCGCGACCUCUCCUCCUCCUGCUCCUCCUCUUCCUCUCGCUGAUUUCGUCCCAAAGGGACCAAAAAAGAAGUAUCCCAACCAGGCGAUAAUUUUGAAGCGUGGAGAUGAUCUCCGUAAGAACAUACCGGAUCCGGCGAUUGAAGAGCCAGAUCUGAAACCUGCUCGCCAGAUCCGAUCAGAUCCGGUGAUGAUUCCGUCUCAGAACCGAAUUUCCCAUCGGAGAUCGAUGCCGGCUUCGUUUUACGCUGGUCCCGUAACCUCAACCUCUCCUCCGCCGAGCGAAGUCCCUUUACCGGCGUUCUUCGCUAAAAAAACCGUCGCCGGAUUCAAACCCACCGAAGCAACCCACGAUCUUAGAAGAAUCCUGGGAUUGGAUAUUGCAUGA